CCUCAGGCCUGGACAUGCCAGCAGCCGUGUGGAAAGUUGUUGCCAUGCCGCCAACACACGUGUUCCCAGCCGUGCCACUCUGAGUGUUCCCCCUGUCCCAAAGUCAGCGUUCAGAAGUGCAUGUGCGGUCGGCAACAAUCGGAGAGACCUUGCGCCGGCCCAAAGUGGAAGUGCGAUCGUACGUGCGGCGCCACCCUCUCUUGUGGGAAUCACACCUGUGAGCUUGUGUGCCACGACGGACGUUGCCCGCCCUGUCCCCGCUCGCUCAGCAGAUCGUGUCCAUGUGGCAAAGCCAAGUCCAGCCUGCCGUGCACGGAAGAAGUGUCGCUGUGUGGAGACACGUGUGAGCGCCCCCUGUCUUGCGGGAAACACACCUGCUCGAUGAGGUGUCACCGUGGGAAUUGUGACACCUGCCGGCAGGAAGUGGAGAAAGAGUGCCGGUGCGGGAAAUACAGGAAGCUGAUGGCGUGUCACAAAGAAUAUUUAUGUGAGUCCAAAUGUUCAAAAAGCAGAAGCUGCCAGAAACAUCCAUGUCGGAGGAAGUGUUGCCCUGGCAACUGCCCUCCGUGUGACCAGAUCUGCGCUCGGACUCUGGGAUGUCGCAACCACAAAUGUCCGUCCGUGUGUCACCGAGGAAGUUGUUAUCCCUGUCCAGAGACGGUGGACGUCCGUUGCUCGUGCGGCGCCGCCUCCCUGACGGUGCCGUGUGGACGCGAGCGGAGCACCAAGCCACCUCGCUGCAAGGAGCUCUGCAGGUACGCACGCCUCCUGUUACAACGCGGACGGCUGUCGGGGCCGUGGGAACAGCCGUCAGAACCGGCCUUUGUGACCAAGGCCCUGCCCUGUCCCCCAUGUCAAGUGCCGAUACCAGUCUCCUGUUUUGGAGAACACGAGGUGAGCGAGGGGCCGUGUUGCCGCCAGGGCCGCUUCUCCUGCAAGAGGCCGUGCGGCCGACCGCUGCGUUGCGGGAACCACACGUGCGGCAGAGAGUGCCACCUCCUGGACGACAGCAACAAGUGCGACGACUGCGAGGAGGGCUGCUCCAAGCCCCGCCCGCUCCUUUGCCCCCACGCCUGCCCGCUUCCCUGUCACAGUGGCGACUGCCCGCCGUGCCACCAGAUGAUUCGCCAACGCUGCCACUGCAAGAUGAGCGCCAUCUAUGUGGACUGCAUGAAGAUGACGAUGGCCGACGAGGAAACGAAGAUAGCAUUGGUCUCGUGCACGAACCAGUGUCCCAAAGAGCUGAGUUGCGGUCAUCGUUGCAAGCAGGUCUGUCACCCGGGGGCGUGUGGGCUCGAAUGUCACCAGAAGGUCAAGCUGCGAUGUCCCUGCAGGAGGAUCAAGAAGGAGUUGGCGUGCGCGUUGUCAUCUUCAUGCGUUGUCGAGUGUGACCACAACUGUAUAGAACAGCAGAGGAAAGUCAGCGAGCUAAAGGAGGCAGAGCAGAAGGUGGCUGAGGAAGAAGAGCAACGGAGACAACAGGAGGAGCUGGAAGCAUUCACUAAGCGGCGCGGAGGGCGCCGCGCCAAGAAGCGAGGUCGGCGGGACGAAGAUGACGAAGAGGAUGGCGGCUGGAUUGGGCGCUGGCAGAGGUGCGCCGUCCUUGUCUCGCUGGGCGGCGCCGUGCUGUCACUCGCUGCCUACUUUCUUCUGAGCGCGACUCAAGACGGCGAGGGGACAGAGCCGUUGGGUCACGUGUUCUAAUGUCAUGAUGGAAAGAAAAAUAAUGACUUGUUUGACAAAUAAAAGUCAGUCCCUGUUGAUGUUUA